CUGUUCUUGACGCGCAUGCGCCAGAAAGGGAGCACCGAUCGGAACACUGAGCUGACUGGUGCGGCAGCUAGCGGCAGCGGCACGGACGCGAGCAGAGGAAUAUGCUCAGAGGUUUCCAAGAUGGCGAAGAAAACGCAGGCAGAGAAAACAGCACAGAACGACGAGACCGCCAAGGGCAACGACGAUCCGAUGAAUGAAGAUGAGGAGCCCAACUUCAGCGAUCCGGAAGGCUUCGUUGACGACAUCACCGAUGAGGAAUUGCUCGGUGAUAUCUUAAAACAGAAACCUUCUGAAACGGAUGGAGUGGAAUCCGUGAUCGUUGUGGAUAAUGUGCCUCGGGUGGAGCCUGACAAAUUGGAGAAGCUUCAAUCUGUUAUUAAUAAAGUCCUGGGAAAGUUCGGUACGAUAGUCAAUCAGUACUAUCCAAUGAAUGAGACCGAUGGCAAGACUAAAGGAUACAUUUUUCUGGAGUACAAUAAUCAUUUGAACGCGCUUACUGCAGUCAAGUCCACCAAUAAUUACAAGAUCGACAAAUCACAUACAUUCAAGGUCAAUCUUUUCACGGAUUUCAAAAAGUUUGAGGAUAUUCCUGAAAAUUGGGAACCGCCGAAGGCUCAGCCCUUCAAGGCUGCUAGCGACUUGCACUAUCAUCUGCUGGAGCCAGACGCUUAUGAUCAGUUCUGUGUUCUUUGUGGCAAUGGAGCAGGUGUGUCAGUGCAAAUUUGGCAAAACUCUGCGCCGGAGCCCACUUUACUCGAAGAACGUAACCGCUGGACAGAGACGUAUGUGAAAUGGUCACAUCUAGGUACAUACUUGUCCACAUUCCAUAAACUGGGAGUCGCGCUGUGGGGUGGUCCUCAGUUUACCCAACAGGCCAGAUUCAGCCAGCGAGGUGUCGAGUGCAUUGACUUUUCACCCUGUGAACGUUACCUAGUCACCUAUACUCCGCGCACUGAUCUUGGACAGGAUCAAAAACGUUUAGUGAUUUGGGAUAUCUUAUCAGGCCAGGAAAAACGAUCGUUCUUCCCUGAUGGAUCUUCUGUCUGGCCAAUCUUUCGUUGGUCGCAUGAUGAUAAAUAUCUAGCGCGCAUGGGAGAGGACAUUCUCAGUGUCUAUGAGACUCCAUCGUUUGGUCUGCUAGACAAAAAAAGCAUCAAGAUCCCGGGAAUCAGAGAUUUUAGUUGGUCUCCGACGGAUAACGUCCUUGCUUACUGGGUGCCAGAAGAUAAAGAUGUUCCUGCAAGAGUAACUUUGCUUGAAAUUCCUAACCGCAAUGAAAUAAGAAAUAAGAAUUUGUUCAACGUGGCCGACUGCAAGAUCUUCUGGCAAAAAUCUGGUGACUACCUGUGCGUAAAAGUCGACCGCUUUGCUAAACGCAAGGAAAAGACAGAGCAAAAAUACACAGGUAUGUCGUAUAAUUUCGAAAUCUUCCACAUGAGGGAGAAACAAAUUCCCGUUGACAGUGUGGAGAUAAAGGAGCCGAUUCAUGCUUUCGCAUGGGAACCGGUUGGCAGCAAAUUUGCCAUCAUUCACGGAGAGAUACCCAGCGUGAAUGUCAGUUUCUAUGAAGUACGAUACGGCCAUCAACCUGCCCUGCUCAAAAGAUUGGAAAAGAAGGCUUGCAAUCACCUAUUCUGGUCACCGUCAGGUCAAUUCAUCGUCCUUGCUGGUCUGACAACGAUGGCUGGUGCUUUGGAGUUCAUCGAUACAAACGAUUUCACUAUUAUGAACUCUACUGAUCAUUAUCAAACUUCGGACGUGGAAUGGGACCCGACUGGCAGAUAUGUCGUCACGGCAGUGUCCAGCUGGAAGACCAGCGUUGACAACGGUUACUGGAUAUGGACGUUCCAAGGCCGUAUUCUGAAGAGAGUCAACCUGACCGCGUUCAACCAACUAUUGUGGCGGCCACGACCUCCGACUUUGCUCACUGUGGAGCAGAUUAAGGAGAUAAAGAAGAAUUUGAAGAAAUACUCGGCGCAGUUUGAGAGCAAAGAUCGCAUGCGACUGACGCGUGCUUCAAAGGAAUUAAUUGAGAAACGUUGCUUGCUGAUGAAGGCAUUCGAAGAAUAUCGUACGAAACGUAUCGAUGAAUGGAAUAAUCAAAAGAAGCGUCGUCUCGAAUUACGUUGCAAUAUUGAUACUGAUGAGUUAGAUUCAGAUUCGAAGAACGUGGAAGAAGAAGUUGUUGAAUUUUUCGUAAAAGAGGAAACGUUCGUGAUCGACGACAAAUAAACUUCUCUUCCUUGGACAAUUGUUAAUCGCCGCGUCGAUUGCCGGUCUUGGAAAUCUCUAAGUGUGAAAUAGCGAUCUGUUCCCAUCGCAAAGUGUCGCGAUACAUUGUCGUUGCAGCGAUCGAAUAUCGCUGCAGUUUAUCUUAAUCCGUGAA